AUGGCGCCUCGAUUUAUAAGAGUAACAUUGAACCGAUGGAAAUAUGUUAUCCUCAGUGUUAUUACGCUGUACUGUUUUCUAAUAUUUCCUAGCAGUACAAAUUAUCCAUUUUCAAAGGUACCACAUGGUACUUCAAAUCGGGUUGUCAAUCGACAAAAUGUACAUUUUCGGUUUAAUGUUGAUGACGUACAAAAACAGGCAAAAACUAAUUCUGAAGGCAAUACCAACGCUGAACUGUUACUGGAAAAAAGUGAAAAAAAAGCUUCAAAAGCAUAUUUGUUAUCCUCAAAAAAAUAUGGUGAUUUAUACAUCGAAAGUAUAGUUGGCGAUUUCGAUAACAGCUUGGAUGAUAAGUUAAAUGUACCUCAAUUAGACCAGCAAGCACCUCCAAAAAUUAUUUUGUCUUGGGAUGCCCAACAUACUGCUGAGAAUCUUAACGGCUGCACGGAUUGGAACUGUAAAUUUACCUUGGAUACCACUAAAGCCAACGUUUCUGAUGCUAUUCUUGUCACAAGAACCUAUAAGUCGUUUUCCAAAUUUCGUGAAUCUACUCAAUAUGUUGUUUAUUUCAGCCAGUGGAAUCCUUACCGUAAACGAUUAGCCGGCAUAUAA